GUAGAAUUGAAACCUUAACAACUACGCAAACUUCUGAAUAUUCUUAAAUUCACGAAAAACAUCGAUUAAGUGGAGAUUUUAAUCUCAAAAAUAAAUUCGGUAAAUGAAAUGAAAAGUUUCACGUUUUUAUAUCAAUUGAAAUAAUAAUUUGGAUGAAAAAUAAUUUCGAAAAAAAGUGAGAAACAGUUUGCUGAGAAGUAUUUGAUAUUGUUAAAAAGACGAGUGAUAUUUGAAGAAGUAAAAUUAAUAAACUAAUUCGUGAAAAUUUAUUGAAAAUCAAUAAAGUGUCAGACAAAAAAAAUGAUAAAUCAGAAGAAUAUUUUUUAAACAAUUGAACAGAAAAAAGGAUAAGCAUAAAUUCAGUAGCAAUUUAUGAAACAUCAUUCAAUUAUUAAGAGAAAUUCUUAUCAUCCUAUAGAUUUGAAUGGAGCUCUAAUGAUAUGACUGAUAGACGUUACUUGGCAGGAGGUGCUGCAAUUAAAAUGGAUCAUUUUCAACCAGCUGUAGAUCCACGAAAACAGGAGCUACUUGAAGCUAGGUUUCUCGGUGCAAGAAUGUCUGCUACAACUCAGCUGCAAAUGGCACCUCAAACAACACUUGUGCAAGUAAAUCAAAAUCCUAAUCAUUCAGUGAUUACGUCAGCAGCAGCAUCAACUGCGCCAAAUAAUCAGGAUUCUAAUAUGAGUACCGGCUCCUCUCACAGUGAUAAAGAAGUGGAGCGAGAUGUUAUUACGCAAGCAAUAAUUAAUAAUACACCAGAAAAACUACCACGCCAACAGUCAGAACGUAAAAGAAAAAGAAAACCCACAGAAGAUAAUGGUAAUGGUCCCGGAUCCCGUGGUACUGGUGUUUCUACCGUAAAUGAUUUAGGAAAUAUUAGAGACGGUAUUCAAAAUUCUAAAGGACAACGACUUUCAUUAUCAACAGCUAGUGACAAGAAAAUAAAUGAUUAUUUUCAUUCAAAACAUCCAACAAACACAAGCCGUCAUACGGGAGCUAAAAGUCCAUCUCCUCAACAUCCCGGAACUUUUCUAAUGUAUCCUCCUAGUCCUCAACCUCCUUUAGUACAUUCAUUGAAUGUUAAUGUGAACAAUCAAGACUAUUUCAAAUCGAGAUCUACUACUAAUCUAGUUUCCACGGCUCAAUCCCCGCUACCACCACCGACGGGACUUUCAUCAAGCAGUCCUGUUGGAAAUCAUGUGACAAAUGCCGGGAGCAACUUGUUACCUCUUUCAAAUGUUUCGGUGCAGCAAAGUUUAUCAGUAACAAUACCUGGCGCAUCUAUAACAACACAAUCAUCACCGUCACAACAAAAUCUUCCUAUCAUCCAUCAUAAUCAAAAUAAUCAACAACAGCCGCAAUCUCUUGCUGUUCUCUCGAUGGUUUCAAAGUCAGUACAAACUGAUUUAACGCUCGUUAAUAUGCAGGAUCGCGAUUCUGAUGCUGAAACAAGCAAAACGAAGCUAGAUGAUAUGACGAGGGUGUCGGAUGAGCAGAAAAGUCAAAUAAAUGCUCAUCAGAAAGUGGUUGAACAGCAAAAGAGUCACAUAAAUAAAUGCAUUGAUGUUGUUAAAAAGUUAUUAAAGCAGAAAAGUAAUAUCGAGAAGAAAGAAGCUCGUCAAAAAUGUAUGCAGAAUCGUUUACGUUUGGGACAAUUUGUAACACAACGUGUAGGAGCAACAUUUCAAGAGAAUUGGACUGAUGGCUAUGCCUUCCAAGAAUUAGCCCGCCGACAAGAAGAAAUUACUUCUGAACGAGAGGAAAUCGAUAAGCAGAAGAAGUCACUUGUCAAAAAGCGACCAACAAACACGGAAAGUGGUCGAAAGCGAAACACUUCAACAACAUCAGCAUCACCAGCUGUUGCAUCAACAACGAAUUUACAUAAUGGUGGUGAUGUGACGUUCUUGAAGCCAGAGCCAGUGGCCAACAGCUCGACAUUUACAAUACAAGAGUAUUACGAAUGUGAUGAAAUUUUGAAAUUAAGGCACAAUGCAUUGAAGAAAGAAGAUGCUGAUUUGCAGUUAGAAAUGGAGAAAUUAGAAAGAGAAAGAAAUUUGCAUAUUAGAGAACUCAAAAGGAUCCAUAAUGAGGAUCAAUCUCGCUUCAGUAAUCAUCCUGUGCUAAAUGAUCGUUAUCUUUUACUUAUGUUAUUGGGCAAAGGAGGAUUCUCGGAAGUUCAUAAAGCUUUUGACCUCAAGGAACAAAGAUACGUAGCAUGUAAGGUGCAUCAACUCAAUAAAGACUGGAAAGAAGAUAAAAAGGCCAAUUAUAUAAAACAUGCUCUUAGAGAAUACAACAUACAUAAAGCACUUGAUCAUCCUCGUGUUGUGAAAUUAUAUGAUGUUUUUGAAAUUGAUGCAAAUUCAUUUUGUACAGUGCUAGAAUACUGUGAUGGACAUGAUUUAGAUUUCUAUCUAAAACAGCAUAAAACAAUUCCUGAAAAGGAAGCAAGAGCGAUAAUUAUGCAGGUUGUUUCUGCAUUAAAAUAUUUAAAUGAAAUCAAACCUCCUAUCAUUCAUUAUGAUUUGAAGCCUGGUAACAUUUUAUUAACCGAGGGUAAUGUUUGUGGUGAAAUAAAAAUUACUGACUUUGGUUUGUCGAAAGUUAUGGAUGAAGAAAAUUAUAAUCCUGAUCAUGGCAUGGAUUUAACAUCUCAAGGAGCAGGAACUUAUUGGUAUCUGCCACCAGAGUGCUUUGUAGUUGGAAAGAAUCCCCCAAAAAUUUCUUCCAAGGUAGAUGUUUGGAGUGUCGGUGUGAUCUUUUAUCAGUGUUUAUAUGGCAAAAAGCCUUUUGGUCAUAAUCAAUCACAAGCUACCAUUUUGGAAGAAAACACCAUUUUAAAAGCGACUGAAGUUCAGUUUCCGAACAAACCAACAGUCUCAAAUGAAGCAAAAAGUUUCAUACGAGGAUGUUUAGCAUACCGUAAAGAAGACAGAAUGGAUGUUUUCUCACUUGCAAAACAUGAAUAUUUACAACCUCCAGUAUCAAAACACGGAAGAUCAUCAAGCGUUCAACAGCAGCAACAACAAUCGUCAUCACAUCAAAGUACACCAGUCUCAAGUGGAAAUAAUCAAGGAAGUGGAGGUGGAACUAGUGGAAAUAAUCCAGGGCAAACUUCUUUCUCAACUGGCAUGUUCGGUAACAUGAAUCAAUCAAGUUCAUCGUAAGGAAAACUCUUUUUCUCAUUUUAAUGUUUACAAAACGCUGUGACUUUGUCAACACUUCAAUUUAAUUGAGAUUCAUGUAUAAGACAAUGAAGAAUGAAGAACAAAGGAAAUUCUUCCCUCAAAUUUUCCCCCCAAUUUCCUCUACAAGAAAAAUGAAAAGAUUUCCGAGUUCAAUAAUAAAAAUUUCCAUAAUGUGGUGUAAUUCAUUACUAAAACACAAGAAUAAUCAACUGAAGAUAGAAAGUAAUAAAAAAAUGUGAAGAUGACAAAUUUUUAGCUAAUUCAAACAAUUAUACUGUUGUUUAUAAAUUCCGACUAUGGAACGUAUAUGCAUUGAAUAUUCAUUAAAAAAAGAAAGAAAGAAAAAUAAAACCUUGGAAACACUUAAAAUGAAGGAAAGAAAUUGAGAAAGUGAUGUAACUACCAAGUUAUACAACCUAAAUGCUAGUAAUAAAUAUAAACUAAUUAUUUAUAUUAAAAAAAACGCUGUACAUAUUUGUAAAAAUUAAUAUUAAUUUAUUAAUGUUAUCAAUUUAUUAAAACAAACAAAAAAAUUCUUUCCAUAUAACUUUUAAGUUUUCAAGAUCACUGAUAUGAUGAAUCACUGAAAAUGUAGGGAUAUGUUUCGAAUUUAGUUAUUUUUUAAUUUUACAAUUUAAUAAGUCGAUGUCUUAAAACGAUAUCGAAAAUCAACGCCGAUUUUUUUUUUGUAAAUACAUAAAAAAUAUUAAUAAAUAUCAAAUCAAGAAAAAUCAUCAACUGCCU